AUGACAUGGUGUCAGCCAAUAAGUCUAACAGGCAAUUUAGCGAAAAAUUGGAAGAACUGGCGUCAGACUUGGCAAGCAUAUGAAGUAAUCACAAACCUCGCCGAACGCGACCAAAAAUAUCGAGUUGCUACGUUUAUCACGUGUAUUGGUCCUGAAGCCAUGGAAAUUCAUAAUGGUUUACCUUUCCGAAAUGACGAGGAAAGACAAGACAUUACGAAGAUAAUAGAACUAUGGAACAAUUACUGCAUAGGUAAGACAAAUCCUAUUUAUGAGCGGUAUAAAUUUCACAACAGAUUUCAACAACAAGGAGAGACAAUAGACACAUAUGCGACAGUCAUUCGUACUUUAGCUGACAGAUGCAAAUUUGGAGCCCUUAAGGAGGAGUUAGUUAGAGACAGAAUAGUAUGCGGAAUACGUGACAAUACUUUGCAGAAGAAAUUGCUACAAGAAACCAGUUUAACCUUAGAAAAAUGUUUAAACAUAUGCAGAGCAGCCGAAGCAGCAAACAAUCAACAGAAGCAAAUAUCGCACAACACUUCAGAGUCUACACAUGCACUCAAACCAAAAGGGAAGCCCCAAUUCAAUAGCCAAAGAAAACCGAAGUUACCAUGUCCUGAUUGUAAAUAUUGUGGCAGGCGACAUGAGCGUAAGAAAGAAAAAUGUCCAGCCUACAAUAAAACAUGCAAUAACUGCUCAAUGAAACAUCACUUUAGUUCUGUUUGUCAGCAACCAAAAAGACAAGAAAGAGGGCCAAAGACAAUACAAACUGGCAGAUCUAAAACACACCAAGUUCAUGAGGAAACUGAUCAGUCCACUGAUGAUGAGAUUUGGUCAAUUACAGAACGAGUAAGUACAGUCCCGGGGAGGGAUUGUGUAUGUGCAGGUAUACAAUUGGGCGACCAGAUAAUACAGAUGCAAAUUGACACUGGUGCAACAUGCAAUGUAUUACGGCAUUCCUAUUUGCCUAAAGAUGUCAAGGUCCAGCCAACCAAUAGAAAUUUAUUUACCUAUUCUGAGUCAAAGCUUGAAGUACUAGGCAAGGCAGUGUUGAACAUUUGUAACCAAAAGAACAAUUGUAAGUACUUUGAAGAAUUUUUGAUUGUUAAAGAUGGGUCCAUUCCCCUGUUAGGAGUUAAAACAGCUCAAAAGAUGGAACUGUUAGUCAUUCGACACCAAAAUAUCUUACAUAUGGAUUGUAGUAAUGCAGUAACAUCUCGGGAGCAGCAGAGAUUAAGUAAAGAGGAUGUAUUGUCAAAGUAUGCAGAUCAAUUUACAGGUUUGGGUAAGAUUGAAGGCAAACUUCAUCUAGAGGUGGAUGAAACAGUGACUCCAGUUGUGAUGCCACCUCGCCGUGUCCCAAUUGCUGUGAAACCCAAGUUAAAAGAAGAGCUUGAUCGCCUUGAAGCCCUUAACGUCUUAGUGAAAGAAGAGAAACCAACAGCAUGGGUGUCUGGGUUUGUAGCAUCUGCCAAGCCAAAUGGAAAAGUAAGGGUAUGUAUUGACCCACAGCAUCUAAAUACCGCACUGAAGCGUAGACAUUAUCCCCUUCCAGUUGUUGAGGAGAUACUCCCAGAGUUAGACAAAGCAAAGUUUUUCACAAAGGCUGAUCUCAAAGAUGGGUAUCUACAGAUCCAGUUGGAUGAAGAUUCUAGCAAGCUUACUACGUUUCAGACAACAUGGGGUAGGUCUCGCUGGCUCCGCAUGCCCUAUGGAAUUUGCCCAGCUUCCGAGUGCUUUCAGCAGAAGCUUGAUCAAUGCCUUGAAGGAUUGCCAGGGGUGUAUAAGAUAGCUGAUGAUUUACUCAUCAUCGGAAAGGGAGACACCGAUGAAGAGGCAGAGUGUGACCACGACCAACAUCUGACAAUGCUGUUUGAACAUGUCGAGCAAAGAAUGUCAAGUUAA